AUGCGCUUUGUUUCAAUGCUGGCCUUGUUGGCUACAGCAUCUCCUCGUGUUGACGCUCGUCAGAACCGAGUUGCGAGAUAUGACUCUGACCUUGCUCAUCUACUGGAUUGCCGAUACCCAGAAAUUCUGUACGAGUGCUUGGCGUCCCGUGACCGCAGUGUUGGGCAACCUGCUGAAAAUGCUUGCUACGUUGCCGCAAGCUGCGCCCCAUUGAAACGCGCGGAGCAGACUUCGGAUGGAAAGCUAUGGGAAGACGAGGAAAGUGGGGAGGGCUUGCAUCAAAGGCAACGACGCCAGCAGACGGAAAGCCAGGACUCGGCAAGCCAGGAACCAGAAACCACCGAUAACGCGUCCGCUUUCUCUGCUGAUCCGGUUGCAACAACCGAGGAGCUAGCCUCAAGCUCAGCAGAACCGGAAUCCACGACGAUUCAGGAGUCUACUGCAGCAUCAACAUCCACAGAAGCGACGGUGCUCUCGUCGACGGAGCCAAGCAGCCAACCAUCAAGCACGUUGCCAUCGAGCACACUUUCAUCAAGCACAAGCAGCACCGAAACUGAGACUACCACUUCAGUUGGCGCCUCUUGUUAUUCCACAACUAUCGAGUCCACUACAAGUGCCUGCUCUCCUGGUCUUCUGUGCGCAACCGAAGAUACUCACGGAUACACCAUUUGCAUGGAGAUGCAGAAUGAGAUCGGGCUUGCUGGAAAGAUCAUUGGAAGUUGCUUUGGAGCGGCUAUUGCUGUGUGUGUUGGGACACUGGGAGUGCUUAUCUAUCAGGAUAAACGCAAGCAGCGAGAGAUUGCGGAACUUAUGGAGGCGAGGAUACGACGGAAGGAGAGGCGCUGA